AUGUGCCAAAAAGUGCAUAAUUAUAAGAUAUUGAAAUUCUACUUCAAGAAAAGAGGAAGCGAAACGCAGGCAGCUAAACAAAUCUGCAAGGUGCAUGGCGAAACCCAACUAUACUUCUCUCGAUCUCGUUUUGGCAAUUUAUUUGUUAAAUAUGCACCUCGCAUCGAUGGACCAAUCAGAGAAACUGACAGGAUUGUAAAACCAGUCAAGGAUGUGAACAUAUGUUCCGAUAGUCAGGCGGCCAUAUUAGUUUCAGACCGUGAAGAUAUUGCAGGAAACUGCAGAGCCGAUGAAUUGGAAAGACAGGACACUUUUGAGAAGUUUUAUUGCAUAAAAUCAAUG